AUGGCCGGCCUAUGCCUAAGAGCGGAAGGCGUUUACCCAGCCAAUAUGUUCUUCAAGGCCCGCUGCCUGCCACCCAGAAAAUACUCAACUGGCAAAGAAGACGCCAAACUUUCUUCCAUGAGGAGUUUGAAUUCAAAUCAUCUUCAUGUAUCUAGAAGAAAAUGGAUCCUCCAAGAAUAUGAAGCCACCUUUUAUGAGGCAAAUGCUUGGUUGGAGUUUGUUUUGAAUUUGUUCGAGUGGCUUCAAAGUGGGAAUGUCAAUACAAAAUAUGCUUCGAACUGGGAAUGUCUCAGCACUCAAGCGAGUCCCCAGAGCCAUACUUCUAAGGACAAGCAUUGUCCUACUUCUAAUUCUGCAAGGAUCAUUGCCUCUUAUUUGGGCAAAGGUUCCAAUUGA